AACAACCAACAAAUCAUCCCUGGCCAAGGUUCCCACAUCUCCAUCUCCGGUGUCUCACAAAGCAUGAGCGUCAGUAGCCAAACAAUGGAGGCAAUCAUUGAGCAGAAGAGCAACCACAUUUCCUGGAAAACCAUCUGGAACUACAACACAGGUAUCAUUGCAACAAAAGUGAUGCAAACGAGAACGUGCUACAUUUCCACCAUGAACAGGAGUGAGAUGCCCACCUUUGCUGCACUGCUCAGAGUGGCUGCAGAGAGGAGGAACCUGAUCAACCUGGGAAGACCCAGCAGGAGGAUCACCUUUGUCACCAACGGACUGGUCAGCAACCUCAGCUCCUACGGGGCACACGUCUUCUCCAUGUGCAGUGGGCUCCCCACCUACAGGGCUCAGGAGGUUCAGGGACCCCUGUACAACCAACAAUCGUGCACGACCCUCGACAUCCUGAGACUUGUGGAGCUGAGGUACUGCAGUGGCCAUGGACACAUCCUGAACUGAGAUCCAGCCCUCAGAGGCCCAAAACCAACCCUGAUGCUGCUCUUCCCUGACAUCCCCUCUUCCAAAAGUUUUGUUCUUGAUGGUUCAGAUGCUGAAACACAACA